AUGAUGAGGGUCAACAGCCCGAAGGUGAGGGUGAGGUCAGGCGUCGUUAAGCAGCCAUCAACACAAAAGCUUCGGAGGCGCUGGCAGGUGCGGGUUUCAGAUGAUGGAUACAGGGCCUGGUGUUUUGAGACUGCUCGAUUUUGGCAGACCUCUCUCUCACCUGACCCUGCGAGACGGUUACUUAUGACAGAUUCGAUUUUGCAUGUGGAAACCCUUGCAAACCGUGGACAGCUUGCAAAGUUGUUGUGUCUGGUUAGGAUUUUUGCGCCACCGGCUAUACUGGCGCAAGCCAUGAAGUCCCUCAAGUCUGCAUUCCCAUUCCUGCACUGGCGAGGGCGAAGAGCAGGUUGCCUUGCACCAUUCGAUGCGUGCACACCACCACAGGCCUCUGCCCAAAAUCGCUUUGCCUUAUCAUUAACAGGCGAAGACAAGCCACCAAGAGCGAUUGGACACGAUCACUUGGCAGCCAUGGUAGAGGCAGCCAGAAUCCCACGUAGCCGAGAAUGUAGACAUGCCAAGCUAACAAAGGCUGAGUAUGAUUACUGGUACAGAUCAACUUUGGGCGGUUGGGCUCGCACAGCGGCGGGCAAGAUCCGCCUCAGAGACAAACGCAAAGGCAGAGAGUCGAAUGUGGAUGCGGAGCACCUGCUGGAUCUCGUACUUGAGCAAGGCGGUUUGUGCUCAUACUCGGGCAUACCUAUGGAGCUGCUAAAGCCAAACUCGCACUGGAGAGUCUCGGUCGAAAGAAAAGACGUCCAUCACGGUUAUAUCAGAGGGAACUGCUGUCUCAUUGCAGCUGAAUUCAACUCUAUCGUGCACAAAGUAAGCGAUGGCUCGUGUAGUUCUCCAGGGACUACACAGUGGUCCGAGGAAAAAGUCCAGGAGGUUGUACAUGUCCGGACACGACAGUUACAGAUGCAGCAGCUGCAGGAAGACAUUGCUACUGCAAGGCAGCGGCCGCAUAUCGCAAACGUGAGCAGGUUGACAUUUCGAGGACCAGAUGCAGAGAGCAAGUUUCGAUGCAAUUGUUGUGGGGUCUGGCAACUGGCGGAAAACUUCUAUUCCGACGCAGCAAGUACUACUGGUUUACGGUCCCGUUGCAAGAAAUGCUGCUGUGGCACCAAUUCGGUCUACCGGCAAACGAUGCGCGGGCAUGCCCUCUCACUCUUGGCUGGCGCCCGCUACAGAUCUGCAAAGGGCAAAAGCAAUGGAAGAUUUACACUUGAAUUGGACGAUCUUCUCGACAUGCUAUUGCUCCAAGGUGGACGAUGCUACUAUUCGGGGGUCCCACUGCAUUGUGCAACAGGCCCUGCUGAUUGGGUCUGGUCCAUUGAGCGCCUCGAUAACGCCGUGACGUACACCAAGGAGAACUGUGUAUUGAUCGCACAGGAGUUUCAAACACCCGAUCAAAGCCGCAACAAAGCCAAGUUCCCAGUUUUUGGUACUGCGCAAUGGUCACGUCGCAAGGCCAGCUACGUCUGGGGACCCUUUUUCCCUGAAGAUGGCCUCAGCCCCGAGGAACAUCUGCCAAAAUGA